AUGCCGAGACAGGAGGCGGCGGCCGCGGGGGGGUGCGGGUCGGGUCGCGCCGCCGCCGCCGCCGCCUUCCGCCCUCCGCGCUCACCCCGGGACCGGCUCUUAAAGGGGCCACCGGCGCCCGGGCCCGGUGCGCGCGGACCCCGCCUCCAGGAAGCCCUCCCGGCCCCGCGUUCUGCGUUCCCCGGGGACCCCCGCCGCGCCGCACAGACCCCUGGCGGUCCCGCCAAGCGGCCCCGGGCGCGAAGUCCUCUCUCCGGCCCGCUCCCCCCUCCGCCCAGUCUUUGUUGGCGCGGGGCCGCCGCCGGGAGCCCUCCCCAGACCCGCGCUGUCGCCCCUCGCGUCCCGGGCGCAUGUUUUACCUGCAGCGGCUGCGCUCGCCCCGCCGCGACCCCCGCAGGACGGAGCCGGAGACCCCUGACUCGGUCGGACCCCGGACGCUGUGAUCACCGACUAGCCGCCCGCCUCGGGCCACACAUCCACGAACUCCAGGGGGGGCUCCCCAAGACGACGCUGCCCCUCCAGGACACCCGGCCCUCCCGCUUCCGUGGAAAGCCUCCCAGACGACCUCCGUGCGAGCUGCUGAGUGGCCGCUCCCCGCCGACCGCUGUGGGAACAGCUCCGCGCGCGCGGCGGGGACGCGGCGAGUCCGGGGCAGGAAGAACGCGCGCGUAAUUGCACCUUGACGGGGACAACAGGAAGGAAGGAGCCCUUCCUGGUCACCGGUGGGUCACAGGAGGAUAGGCAGCAGCCCAGGGGGACCCAGUGUCCCGAUGGUGUUGAUGAGCUGGUUCUUAGCGAUCACUCAGAAACGCCGGCCCAGCCUUGUGGGGUCCGACCUUGCAUCUCAGUCAGCCAGGCGGGGAAGAUGAUUCACAUCCAAAGGUGGGGACACUGUGGCAGUUGGCUCGGCGCCCCGCGUCCAGACGAGGACAUCUCCUGCAUCAAGGAAACACGCGUGUCUGGAGUGAGGAGGCCGAAGGCAGGGCCCGGUGGAGAGCGGAGCCGUGGAAGGGGGCGUGUGCGUGGAUAUGAGCUGGAGCAGGUGAAGGAGCCUCAGGGAGGAUUUGUGGGACGAACUGAUUCAGGAAAACCAUAAGAAACGCUUUCACCAAACAGGAGAAGCCUGACAGUCUGGGUUCAGAGCCUCAGAUCUUACACUGGCAGCA